AGCUUCCCCACAUCAUCUUACUCACUGCCGAAACCACGCACCUAAAGCCGCCCAACAUGUCGACAAUAGCCUCCCCGCGCCCUUCCAUGUCCAUUAAGUCGCCCGUCGGCAGCACGCGCACAUCCCUCGACGUCCCCCAGGGCUCAGCAAUCCGUUCGACUAGCCCGCGCCCACGCCGCAACCGCGUCGCCCUCCGCGACUACUACAAUCUUAAGUCGCCUACCUCCGAACAUGGCAAUGUCGGAUCGCCAGGGCUGGGUAUCGAGAGCGUGAAGGAAGAGGUGGAAAUUAGCGAGCUGGAUAAGGAGGGAUUUGACGCCGAGGCAUACGUUAAAGAGACAUUAGCGAAGGAAGGCCUUCAGGGCGUAUUAAAGGUCGAGGCGGGAUUAGUUAGCCAGAUCAGAGGCCUCGACGGCGAGCGCAAAGCCUUGGUGUAUGACAACUAUUCGAAGUUGAUCGCCGCUACAGAUACGAUUCGCAAGAUGCGCACCAACAUGGACCCUCUCACGCCAGCAACCUCCACUCUCUCCCCCGCCAUAUCCCACAUCGCUGAGACAGCUUCCGCGCUUUCGGCUUCGAUAACGGACCACGCUGGCAUCAAGAAACAAACGGAGCAGAAGAACGACCCCAAGGAGCAGCAACGGCAGACUGUGCGCUGGGUCUUGGAUACACCUCGUCGGCUGCGCGCUAAGCUGUCCAAUGGUGAACGGGAGGCUGCCGAGGCGGACUGGGAAGAUGUGCGCAAGGUGCUAGACAAGUGGCAUAGUGUCAAUGGCGUGGAUUCCGUGCGUAAUGCGUGCGAAGAUAUCCUGAGCAACGAGAGCGGCAACGAGACCGGUAAUGAGACUGGCAAUGAGACUGGUAACGAGACUGGUAAUGAGACCGGCAAUGAAUAAACGAAUCACUGUGCCGGAUUGCUAAGCUAGAAUCUUGAGCACACUGAUGAUCAGGCCGAUGACAUCCGUAUACCCAUGUCC